AUGAAGAAGGGUUAUACUCCCCUAACAACCCCUGAAAUUGUUUAUUCUAUAGAUGGAACUGACCAAUGUCUCAUUGGUACCGCUGAAAUCCCCUUAGGAGGAAUCCACAUGGACUCUAUUCUUCUUAAAUCAGCAUUACCUUUAAAAUAUAUAGCAUUCUCUCAUUGCUUCCGUACUGAAGCGGGUGCAGCUGGCGCCGCCACCAAAGGUCUUUACCGCGUUCAUCAGUUCAGCAAAGCAGAGAUAACACUGGAUAUGGCCACAGCGGAUUUAGGCGCUCCUGCUUACCGUAAGUUUGAUAUCGAAGCAUGGAUGCCUGGUUUUGGACGGUUUGGCGAGAUAUCAAGCGCAUCGAACUGCACGGAUUACCAAAGCCGGAGACUGGGAAUACGAUAUCGCCCAUCUGAAUCACUUCAGACGGGUCCUAAGAAAGGCAAAGCGAACCCUCCAGCUACUAAGUUUGUGCACACUCUAAACGCAACGGCGUGUGCGGUCCCGAAGAUGAUGGUGUGUUUGCUGGAAAAUUACCAGCAAGAAGAUGGAUCCGUGGUGAUCCCAGAGCCUCUUAGGCCUUUCAUGGGAGAUAUCGAUCUCAUCAAACCGAAGCUCAAGUAG